AUGUCGUUAUCAGCGGUUGAGGAUAUGGAGGGAAAUAAAGAUGAAGCAUUGCGAUGCAUUGAGAUUGCAAUGAAGAGAAUCGGAGAGGGAAAUAAAGAAGGUGCUAUAAAGUUUUUAAACAAGUCGAUUGCACUCUAUCCAACGAGUAAAGCUAGAGAUCUAUUGGAGUUUUAUAGUUCACAAGAUAGCGUAGAUGGUGGUGUAAAUGAAAGUAGUAGUACUACAAACGAUAGUAAUAUUAGUAAAGAAGGAGAAGAACAAGAAAGUAAUACAGUACAUAAAAGACAUACUUCAUCAUCAACAACAACCGAACAAUCAUCAUCAUCCACUCCAUCAUCAUCAUCAUCAUCUACAUCAACAACGACAACCUCUGAAAAUAAACCUAAAUUCACAAGAGAACAAGUAGAGUUGAUUAAGAAGAUCAAAACAUGUAAAUCAUAUUAUGAAGUAUUAGAAGUGAAAAAGACGGCAACAGAGGUCGAUAUCAAAAAAGCAUACAGAAAAUUAGCAUUGCAAAUGCAUCCCGAUAAGAAUCAUGCACCUGGUGCUGAAGAAGCUUUCAAGAUUGUUACACAAGCAUUUUCAUGUUUAAGUGAUCCAAAGAAGAGAUCAACAUAUGAUAUACAUGGAGCAGAGUCACCGAUGACUGCUUCGGGUCGUGGAUUUGGUGGUAGACAAGGUGGCUUCUACGAGGAGGAGUUGUCACCCGAGGAUAUCUUUAAUAUAUUCUUUGGUAUUCCACCACGUGGAGGUGGAGCUCGUAGAAAUCAUCCUUUCUAUUCGGAUUUCCAACCGAUGGCAGGCAAUAGAGGUCGUACUUUCCACUACCAGUUUGGCGGUGGCGGUGGCGCUGCCAAUCGCGGCGGCGGUGGUAACCAGCAAGAGACAUCUUCAUUCUUUUCGAUCAUAAUGAUUCUCUUUACAGUGUUGUAUGUUUUUAUGUCUUUUUUUGGCGGAGGCUCAUCCAGCAACAGCAGUAGCAAUAGCAGGCCGCUUGCUUCACUGUACAGUUUCGAGCCUAAAUUCAACAUUCACAGAGAGCGUCAUAUGCGGCUGGGAACAGAAGAGAUUACGCUGGAUUUUACAUAUUAUGUCAAGGAUAAUUUAGAGGGUAUACUGCGAUACAACGGAAUAUCGAGCGAUCAACUCGAACAAGAGGUUAAAGAGAGCUGGUUGGAGUUGCAAGCCAAACUUUGUCGUCAUAAGGAAACACUAGAGAAGAAACCACGUCAAACAGCGGAGUAUAUAGAUCUAAAGAACAAAGGUGCAUUCCAAUAUUGUGAUCUAUUAAAAGAAUUAGGUUAUCGAUGGUAA